AAGUAAAUCAUGUUGAAGUUGCUUUUAAACACAGCUUUUCUUCUUUACCUGUCCAGGUAGCCUCUGUUUUCAUUUCAGUCUUAAUGAAAACUUUUUAAUUUACAUCUCACGUUUCUUUUCAAAGCAGUGUAAGUAGCACUUAAAAUUUUACACUUCAAGAAAGAAAGACUUUAACGACAUUCAGCUUUGGUCUUGUAACGUUGAAGGUAAUUCAUUUUUUAAUCUGUCUGCACAGCGAGAACGGAAACGAAUGGGGAUUGAACUGCUUUGCCUUUUCUUUCUAUUUCUAGGAAGGAAUGGUCACGUACAAGGUGGCUGUGCUGUGGGAGGUGCAGAAAGCUGUGGAGACUGCUUGCUCAUUGGACCUCAGUGUGCCUGGUGUGCUCAAGAGAAUUUUACCCAUCCAUCUGGAGUUGGUGAAAGGUGUGAUAGCCCAGCAAAUCUUUUAGCUAAAGGAUGCCAAUUAAACUUCAUCGAAAACCCUGUCUCCCAAGUAGAAAUACUUAAAAAUAAGCCUCUCAGUGUCGGCAGACAGAAGAAUAGUUCUGACAUUGUUCAGAUUGCGCCUCAAAGCUUGAUUCUUAAAUUGAGACCAGGUGGCGCACAGACGCUGCAAGUGCAUGUCCGCCAGACUGAGGAUUACCCAGUGGAUUUGUAUUACCUCAUGGACCUCUCUGCCUCCAUGGAUGAUGACCUCAACACAAUCAAACAGCUGGGCUCCCGGCUUUCCAAGGAGAUGUCUAAAUUAACGAGCAACUUUAGACUGGGCUUUGGAUCUUUUGUAGAAAAACCUGUAUCCCCCUUUAUGAAAACAACACCAGAAGAAAUCGCCAACCCUUGCAGUAGUAUUCCAUACUUCUGCUUACCUACAUUUGGAUUCAAGCACAUUUUGCCACUGACCAAUGAUGCCGAAAGAUUCAAUGAAAUUGUGAAGAUUCAGAAAAUUUCUGCUAAUAUUGACACUCCUGAAGGUGGAUUUGAUGCAAUUAUGCAAGCUGCCGUGUGUAAGGAAAAAAUCGGCUGGCGAAAUGAUUCCCUCCACCUCCUGGUCUUUGUGAGUGAUGCUGACUCUCAUUUUGGAAUGGACAGCAAAUUAGCAGGCAUCGUCAUUCCUAACGACGGGCUCUGUCACUUGGACAGCAAGAAUGAAUACUCCAUGUCAACUGUCUUGGAAUAUCCAACAGUUGGACAACUCAUUGAUAAACUGGUGCAAAACAAUGUGUUACUGAUCUUUGCUGUAACCCAAGAACAAGUCCAUUUAUAUGAGAAUUAUGCACAACUUAUUCCUGGAGCUACAGUAGGGCUACUUCAGAGGGACUCUGGAAACAUUCUCCAGCUGAUCAUCUCGGCUUAUGAAGAACUGCGGUCUGAGGUGGAACUGGAAGUAUUAGGAGACACAGAAGGGCUCAACUUGUCUUUUACAGCCAUUUGCAGCAACAGUACCCUCUUCCCACACCAGAAGAAAUGCUCUCGCAUGAAGGUGGGAGACACAGCCUCCUUCAACGUGACUGUGAGCAUCCCAAACUGUGAGAGAAAGAGCAGGCACAUUAUCAUAAAGCCUGUGGGGCUGGGGGACGCCCUGGAAAUACUUGUCAGUCCCGAAUGCAACUGUGACUGUCAGAAAGAAGUGGAGGUGAACAGCUCCAAAUGCCACCAGGGGAACGGCUCCUUCCAGUGUGGGGUGUGUGCCUGCAACCCCGGCCACAUGGGGCCUCGCUGUGAGUGUGGCGAGGACUCUCUGAGCACAGAUUCCUGCAAGGAGGCCUCAGAUCAUCCCUCCUGCAGCGGAAGGGGUGACUGCUACUGUGGGCAGUGCAUCUGCCACUUGUCUCCCUACGGAAGCAUCUAUGGGCCUUACUGCCAGUGUGACAAUUUUUCCUGCGUGAGACACAAAGGGCUGCUCUGCGGAGAUAAUGGCGACUGUGACUGCGGCGAGUGCAUGUGCAGGAGCGGCUGGACUGGCGAGUACUGCAACUGCACCACCAGCACUGACUCGUGCGUCUCGGAAGACGGAGUGCUCUGCAGUGGGCGAGGGGACUGCGUUUGUGGCAAGUGUGUUUGCACGAACCCUGGAGCCUCGGGACCAACCUGUGAACGAUGUCCUACCUGCGGUGACCCCUGUAACUCUAAACGAAGCUGCAUUGAAUGCCACCUGUCUGCAGAUGGCCAGACCCGAGAAGAAUGUGUGGACAAAUGCAAACUUGCUGGUGCGAUCAUCAAUGAAGAAGAAGAUUUCUCAAAGGAUAGUUCUGUUUCCUGCUCUCUGCAAGGAGAAAAUGAAUGUCUUAUUACAUUCCUAUUAACCACAGAUAAUGAGGGGAAAACCAUCAUUCACAGCAUCAACGAAAAAGAUUGUCCAAAACCUCCAAACAUUCCCAUGAUCAUGUUGGGGGUUUCUCUGGCUAUUCUUCUCAUCGGGGUUGUCCUCCUGUGCAUCUGGAAGUUGUUGGUGUCAUUUCACGAUCGUAAAGAAGUUGCCAAAUUUGAAGCAGAACGAUCAAAAGCCAAGUGGCAAACGGGAACCAAUCCACUGUACAGAGGCUCCACGAGUACUUUCAAAAAUGUAACCUAUAAGCACAGGGAAAAACAAAAGGUGGACCUUUCCACAGAUGGAUAGAACUAUUUUAUGCAUGGAAAAAGUCUGUUUCACUGAUAUGAAAUGUUAAUGCACUAUUUAAUUUUUCUUUCUUUGUUGCUUCAAAAUGAGGUUGGUUUAAGAUAAUAAUAGGUCACUUGGAAAUCAGUCAUUCUCUAUGUGAAGGUGAGAGACUAUGUUGGCAGGUUCAAAAUAAUCAAGAAGAGGAAUAUCCUUAGCAAAAAGGUGACUUUGGGGAUCAUUUGAGGAAUACUAACUCUGUUGCAUUAAUGCCUCAAAAAAUCAUCAAAAUGAUUCAUGGGGGCCUGAUUUGCAUUUGAAAAAUGUUUGAAAUUAGAAUCUCAUUUGUUUCAAGAAUGCAGCUACCUGAGGUCUUUGUCUCAGCAAAGUCACAAAGCCCAUAUGCUCACACUGUAUAUCCACACUCGUCAAUUAAUUUUAAACUUGUAGUAAAUCUGCCCUUUCCUAGAGAAGGGUUUUUGAAAACUAUGAGAAAUGAGAUUCUGAUUUUACUUCAACCAAAAGGAUGCAAUCUUCCAAAAAUAUCCCAAACAUAAGAUUGAAAAUUGUGUUAAUAGUUUCUGUGAAUUUGUAUGCACCUAAAAGUACACAAACAAGUAUUUUAUUUGUUUUACAGGUGAGGAAGAAGUAAUUUAUAAAUUAAAAUGUCACUUGUAGAGAAUAAAGAUAACUUUAUCACUUAACCUAUUUUAAAAUUUCCUGAAAAAUAAUUUACACUCUGUUUUCUUCUUGACUCUGAGUUUUUAAACUAUUAUUUCUUCCCUAUUUCUCAAUCCCUUUUAUUCAGUUUCACAGUCUUCUAAGCACUGUAACUGUCAUACAAAAGUUUUCAUUUCUUUUUAAGUUACUUUUCAUGAUUAGAUAGUUUCUUCCAAGAAAGCUCCAGUGCUAUAAAAGGACAUGGGUUAUACAGAAUAAAAUUUUAAAUGGCUUUAAAUCAAACACAUCAGGAGUACACAAGUCCCUUGUGAAUUAUAGGUUUUUUAAAAUCUAUAUUCUUUUCCUGUCUGCAUAACCCAACUUGCACAUUUCAACUGCAUGUGGUGGAUAUGCAUCAUAUAUUUACUUUAAGAGGCAAGGGUCUACUCACAAAGCACCUGUGCAAAAGUAAGGGUCCAGCAGUUGCUGGGAGAGAAGGGCUCUGUAGAAUGUUAUUUCUUAUGGCUACCACUCCUUUACAAAGCACUUUCAUCUCAUUUGAGCCUCAUAAAGAAACCAAGCCUCAGAAAGUGAGUAGAACUGCGUUCACAGUCUAGAUCUUCUAACUCCAAGCUAUUUCCUCUUUCCACUGCAGGAAACUGUCUCUUUUGUCAGCAAAAUAACAGAAAGAUUGUGUUAAGUGAUAGCUAUCAUUUGUUUUUGAAAAUGUACUGAGACUAAACACAUAGCAUUUUAAGUACUGGAAUACAGAUGAGGUAUUGUACUUUUGUGCAAUGUUUAUUACCUUUGAUUAAAUCGUAAUGAGAAACCUUUAACUAGGUGAAUAGUUCAUUGUGUAGAGGAGGUUUCAUGACUGCCCAUUGAAUUGUUGGCACAAUCUAUAAGUUUCUUCAAUUCUUCAAGAUAGAUCUGUAUACAUUUGAUCACUAGGAGACUUUUUUGUUCUGUUUUUUGCUGGUUUCUAAAUAACUCAGGUAAAUCAGACAUUUAGGGAGUAUAUAGCUAUAUGAAAAGAAUUACUCAACAAUCACCUUAAAAAUUCAAAGGGCUGACAUACCCCCAAUGUUUUUGCCUGAUACCUGGAACUUGGGGAAAAUGUGCAGUAACAUACAGGUUGCAAUACUGAUACUACAACAGUAGCAUCCUCCUCUACAUGGAUUCACUGUGGUAUUUUUGUGUUCUUACUGGAAUGGGAUUUUAGAAAGUAGAAGUUAGCUUUGUGUGUGUUUUAGGAAAGGUAGAGAAGAAUCUGCUCUUUCUCUGAAUACUGUUUUGACCCAAGGCAGGACCUUGAAAAGGUCAAAACAUUAACAGUAGUACUUCUGUUCACUGAAGAGUUAUGUUACAUGAAGAUAAAACGGUUUUUUUGUAAGUUGUGUUAUUGUAUUUUGUGUUGAUAUAAAUAAACAUGGUAAUUUAAACAAUGAA